UAUUGUAGGUGACAGGAAGUUGGUCGACGUGUGACGUCACGCCGGUACGGUAUAGCCAAUAUGGAGGAGCUAUUUGGAAGUGAUACCGACAGCGAAGCUCGAUCAGGACCUGCGAGUCCUGUUGCCAGUCCCUUAAGUCAGCGCAGUGGCUCAGGUGAUGAAAAAUCUGGAAGUGGUUCUGGGUCAAAUGCAGAUUCCGGUUCAGAUAAUGAAGGAAGCAUUCGUUCUGCAGCAGCUUCAGCGAAGAGCGGAGCUGGUAGUGGCCAAGAAAGUGGCUCAGACAGUGCACCUGGAUCUCCAAGAGAGAGCGGUUCUGAACCCGGGAGUCCAGCCAGAAGUGAUCGUAGCAGGUCUGGUAGCCCUGCAGGGUCUGCUGCUUCAUCAGUUCGUAGUGGUAGUGGAGAUAGGUCUAGAGGUAGCAGCCCUGCUGAAAGUGAUCGUGGGAGCCAGCGGAGCAGCAGAGCAAGCAGUCCAGCAAAGAGUGAAGCCAGUUCAGCCCCUCAAAGUCCCAGUGUAGAUGGUAGCCAAGCUGCAUCUCCAGCUCCUAGUAACGCUAGCCAGCCUGGUUCACCUGAAGCGAGUGAUGUAAGUAGACCUGCUUCUCCAGCAGGAAGUGAUGGCAGUCAGCCAGCCUCUCCUGUUCAAAGUGAUGCUAGUAGGGCAGGCUCCCCAGCUAGUGAUUCCAGUCGUCCUGGCUCUCCCAACCAAAGUGAUGCCAGUGAAGCCAGAUCUUCUAAUCAAAGUGAUGGUAGUCGACCUGGGUCCCCAGCACCAAGUGAGGGCAGUCAAGCACCUUCUGUUGCACAGAGUGAUGUCAGUAAACCAGGGUCGCCAGCAGGUAGUGAUGCAAGUACACCAGCUUCACCCGCGGGUAGUAAUAUCAGCCGACCUGCUUCACCACAUAGUGACGGUAGUAGGCCAGCUUCUCCCGCUGAGAGCAAUGAAAGCCGCGCUGCUUCUGUUCGGAGUGAUCAGAGCCCUCCACCAUCAGUGGCUCGCAGUGAUGCAGCUAGCCAUGCUGGCGAUAAAGACAGUGCGCCUGAAGAUGAUGAUGACGAUGAUAAUAAAAUGGAAAUUGAUAAGGCAAGUCGAGAAGAUGAUAACAGAAGUGAUGAUGAGAAGAGUGUUAGUAGUGUUGAGAGGAGAAAGUCUGUAACUGAUACUGAAGAUAAAGAGAGAUCAGACGAAGAAAAGGUAUCUGAAAGAGCUGGUAGUGAUGAUGAUCUGGAGGUGGAUAAACACAAGUCUGAUGACGAAGGCCAUGUCUCCGACAAAGGAUCAGAAUAUGAAAGUGCAAAAAGGGGCAGCGAUGACGAAGGCCAUAUCUCCGACAAGGGGUCAGACAAUGGAAGUGUGAGAAGAGGCAGUGAUGAUGAUGCCAAGUCAGAUAAAGGUUCUGUAGCCAGCAGUGCCAAAGAUCACAGUGAUGAUGAGAACAAGUCUGAUGCUGGCAGUGGUAAAGCUGACAGUGACGAUUCUGGUGCUGAGUAUCGGAAGAAGAAAAAGAAACGAAAACUGUCUGAUGCUGAAUCUCAUGCAAGCAGUGCUGACAGUGAGUCAGAAGGAAGGAUGAGAAAAAAGAAGCAACAGAUUUCUAGUGAUGAAGAGGAUGGUGACGACAAAAGGAAAAGUUCUGAUGAUGAGAAUAACCUUGCCACAGCAGAUGCUAUAUUUGGUGAUAUGGAUGACGUCUCCUCAGAUGAAGAUAAAGACGAAGAAAGUAAAACGACAAAACCUUUAAUUGAAGAUGAAGAUGAAGAAGGAGGAGAAGGUGAAGGCGAUGGAGAAGCAGGAACUGCGGCCCCACCAGAAGAGGAACCUCCGGAGACAAUGAUUGAAGUUGAAAUUCCACGUAUUGUUACCAAACUAGGCAAAUCCCUUCAUUAUGUCAAACUACCAAAUUUCCUCAGUGUUGAAACAAGACCUUUUGAUGCCAUGACGUAUGAAGAUGAAAUAGAUGAAGAUGAAGUGAUAGAUGAAGAAGGUAGAGCCAGGUUAAAAUUAAAGGUUGAAAAUACUAUUCGGUGGAGAACUAAAAAGGAUGAAAGUGGAAAUGAAAUGAAAGAUGACAAUGGUAACGUUCUUCGAGAAAGUAAUGCCAGAAUGGUUCGGUGGUCUGAUGGCAGCAUUUCUCUUCACUUGGGCAGUGAAAUAUUUGAUGUCCACCCAAUGUUGCUUCAAGGAGAUUACAACCACUUGUUUGUCCGCCAGGGUACUGGUCUUCAAGGACAAUCCAUAUUCAAAACCAAACUGACAUUCAGACCUCAUUCCACAGAAUCAUUCACCCACAGAAAGAUGACAAUGUCUAUAGCAGAUAGGUCAACCAAAACACAGAAGGUGAAGGUUAUUCCGAUUGCUGGACAUGAUCCAGAUGCUCAUCGCGAAGAAAUGAUCAAGAAAGAAGAAGAACGCUUGCGUGCUUCUAUUCGCCGUGAAAGUCAGCAACGCCGAAUCCGAGAAAAGGCUCACGUGCGAGGUAUGAAUUCCUCCUAUAUUGAGGGAGAUGAUGACGACGAUGAUGAUGAAGCUGCUAUUUCUCUGUCUGCUAUCAAGAAAAACUACAAACCAGGGACAAAAAGAGAUCGUGGCAAUAUAUAUUCAUCGGACAGUGAUGAUGACUAUGACUCAGAAAAGGAAGAAAAGCAAGCAAAGAGAUUAAUGAAAGCAAAGAAACUUGACAGUGAGGAUGAGUCUGGCUCUGAUUCUGCUCCAAAGAAGAAGAAAGCCCGUAUUGUCGAGAGUGAAGACGAAGACAAUAACGAUGCCGGUAGUGGCAGUGGUAGCGGUAGCGCUAACGAGGCAAGUGCUAACGAGGCAAGUGCUAACGAAGCGAGCGGCAACGAAGACAACAAUGAAGAAAAUGCUACAAACAACAAUGCUGACGAGGACUCCUCUUAGAGUUAGGGUUAGGGUUAAAGGGUUAACAGGUUAGCGGGUUUGGGAUUUGGUUUAGCCUCUGUAAACACCUAUGUGUUGUAGUAGCCCUUGUAUGAAUUCACUCCCAUAUAAAAAUUAAAAAAAGGACAACUUCAGGGUUUCAUAUUUGCAGAAAACUCUCAUUCACUUUCCCCUGUAUUUAUUUAUUUAGUGGUUGCCUUUAUGACUAAAAUGAAUUACUUUAAUAAUGGUAGUCUCUUAAACGAAUUAGGUGAUGCCUUGAAUUCCCUUUCAUUUCAUCUGUAAAAAACCCAAAAGCCUAUUAAGCCUUGUAAAUAUUUCAUCAGUUCAACCCUUAUAAAUUUGUUUAUUGUUUUUCUUUUUUUUUUUUCGUUUUUUUUUUUAAACCUUUUAUUACUUUCCUCAUCAUAACACAUAAUCUUCUUCACCAUUUUUUGCUCCGUUUCUCAUUCUCAUCUAUCUUAUUCCUGUUACAUCUGAACAAAGAAGUGAUAAACAACACUGAGCCGGAUACAGUGGAAUAUGUUGGGAAAAGAAAUUUGACCAAAAAAACAAAAACAAAAAAGACUGAAAAAAAA